AUGUUUGGUAAUUUUGCGAGUUUUGCACCGCUACCUACCACACAAGAUGAAUGGACGAAUGUCCCUGAGGAGCAUUUGGAAGAUGCGACUACAGCAAGUAAAAGACUUUUAAGUAAUGGCAACCAAGGGCCUGGAGUAAAGAAUUAUCUAGAUCGACGAAGAGAACUUUCGAUUGAUAACACGGCUGCUUUUCGCACUGUCCGUAGGCUUCCUCAACCCAAAGGCACAUCGGCAGCUCGUUUAGGCAAUGCAUAUGAAUUCUACAAGAAUCUGGAAGUGUUCUCAAGUUAUUGGAUUGAUACUUCUCUUCCAAAAGAGACUUCCCCUCCUCCUACCGCCACCGAAAAUGACGCCGAAAAACAAACCGAGGAAGAACCCAAGGAAGCUGAAGAUAAGGUUCCAAUUUAUCAACAAACUCAUGUUCGUACUGGCACUGGUUCCCAGCUUCCGCAUGAAUUCCGUCAGGGCAUCACUACUGCUUUUAUAAAACUUAUCGCCUACGACUUCGGCUGUAACGUUUCUUUUCCACGUGUCGAGCCCCGUCUCCAUAUUCAUUCACCUCCAUCAAAAUCCUCGACUCCUCCAUCAAAUUUCUCCGCCAUGGGUGUCACAAUGCUGUAUCGUACCCCAACAGACCGUAACUCUGCCCGAGCAGGUUUCCUCGAAGGUCCGCUUGCAGCUCUCUCAUGCCGCUCUGCCACAUCCUUCACCACACCACUCGAUUCUAAUCUAGAUCUCGCUCGUGAAAUCAUUACAAUUUUACUCACGGCUCAACAACGUAAUCGUGAAGGUCAAACUGAGAAAUUAUUUGGUGCGGAAAAAUGGUGGACUACAGCUCCCCGGUGGGGAGGUGGGAAAGGUGGUCCCAUUGGUAAAGAAAUUGAAACCACUCAAUCUAAUUCUUCGCCUGCUCCUACAUCAUCACAAGACAAAUCUUUUAUGUCUGAAAUUAAAUCUAAAAUUGGUGGUAUAAAUUCCCUCCCUUCUCUUCCAUCUCUCCCAUCUGCACCCUUUCCACAAUCCAUCACCUCAGAAAGACGUCCUCCACAAAAGAAGCCCCGUACGACACGUCUAGGCGGUCCAUCCCAGUUAUAUGAAAAUUACCGCAAGAUGAUGCCACCGGCUAGUACAUGGGAUAAAAAAGUAAGAUAUAUGGCGAUUGGAAAACCAGGUGGUGUACAAGGGAAUUGGGAUGAGAUUUUCUUGUUGAAGUUGUGGAUGCAGAAUCUUUUGGUAGAUGGUUGGAUUGGUAUUGGGAAGAAUGGGAAUGGGAUUAAGAAUGAGAAUGAGAAUGACAUUGAGAUUGAGGUUGAGAUUGGGUUUUGGAUGGUUUCUGUCUGUAUACUCUGUUUGGAAUGUUGA